AUGUUUAACGCACUCACAAAGCUGUCCAGAUGCGGACGUAUAACCAGCAUCUAUGCGAAGAGACUUGCCAAACCUGGAAUGGGAAGACGGCACAUUUCCCAAGUUGGAUAUGUCCAGGGUCCAUUCAAAGGCACACUUCAGGUUGCAGAUGAGAGUGACACAGUUGAAAAGAUGAGCACUGUGCUUCACAAGCUCAAGGAGAUAAACAAAAACUCGGAUUUGGACAUGCCGUUUAUUCCAAAGAGCAGGAAAACAAAGGUCAGAGAAUCAUUCGGUAGAUAUCAGGGAACUGAUAUACAGAGUCCAGAGAUGGAGAAUGCUGAAACGAUGCGUAUUAUGGAGAAGAUCGUGAACACGUUUAUUGAUUAUGCGAACAGCCCAGAGAACGAUUUUUCAAACCAACCAGACUUUGUGGAUGACUUUUUUUUCAAGUCAAGAGCUCCACCAUCGACACUUGGAAGGGAGAUGUUUGAAAUUCCAAUUUCUCCGGAAGUUGGAGAUGUUAAUGAGGAGGCCAUCUCGAGGAUAGAGGCAUACAUUAACAUGAUUUGCCGCGGUACUGCACAUGGAAACGCAAGUCAUGAAAUUGUGAAGAGGGUCGAGUCGUAUUUGGCCAGAGAUGACAUAGCAAAGCAAAUAUCGAGGGAGACAUUGAAUACUUACCUUUUGCACUUGCGCCGUGAGGGAGACUUUGUCAGUAUCAGGCAUUUCAUCAACACAGUUGGGAAAAACACGGUUUUGGCAAAAGACAUCUUGCCCUACAACUACUUUUUCUUCACGUUGAGCACGAACCGCCGCGUCAAGAGGCUCUCAACUGUGGAGAUGACGCUUGAUGCGACUUUGUCGUUUAUCUCGAAGCAUAUUCCGGUGAAAUUUUCCACCUGGCAGUGCAUUUAUCAACUUGUUGGCUAUGCACCAGGCCGCAAGUUGUUGGAUGUGAUGUUGGAGAACAAGUUCCCACUGCAAAAGAUGUUCUACAAGAUUAUGGGCAACAACAAGUACCUAUACGAGACAUGUGACGACUUUUUGGACUUCAUCGAUGAGAACAAAGAUGUGUUUGGGGAACUUAACCAUGAUCAAUACAUGCAGACCUACACAUUUUAUGGUGAGAUGGACCAGGCAGAAAGGCUAUUCAAGGAAUGUGUCAGGGACAGAUCGUUUGACAUAUCACAGCUCAAGACUCUCGUCAACAGGUUUUGCUACGAAAACGAGAUUCACAAUGCGAUAGCCAUCAUCCAGCUUUCCAGUUGGUUGAACCUUGAUUUGAGCCAGGGAAUUAGAAAGGAGCUUUACAAGAAGAUGCUAUUGAGCUAUGUGAAAAACUGCAACUACGAUUCUCGAACCAAGAGUGAGAAGGAGUUCCUAGUGCUAUUUUUCAGGUAUUUAUUGCAAAGAUCUCACAAGAACAACUCUGUUCGUGCGAUCAUCAACGAGUACACCAGUCCUAAAUUUUGGUAUGCAGUUUCAAGAUAUGCUGCCAACAACGAUAAUCAGAUGGAGAUUGACAAGACAUUUGCAAGGGAGAUCAAUUAUACGUUAAAAUGGACAGAGGACGGCAUUUCGUUUAGAUUAGAGAACAACAAAGAACCUUUUCAGAAGUUGGUCAGGACUUUUAUUUAUCCUGAAUUGGCCAAGGCAAGCAAUAGUGGGGAGGAAUCCAAAGGAGAAGAAAUAGAUGCUAAGGAUGACACUAAAGGAGAAGAAACAGAUGCUAAGGAUGACACUAAAGGAGAAGAAAUAGAUGCUAAGGAUGGUACUAAAGAAGAAGUGAAGGAUGAUACUAAAGAAGAAGUGAAGAAUGAUACUAAAGAAGAAGUGAAGGAUGAUACUAAAGAAGAAGUGAAGGAUGCUUAA